AUGGCGAAUUCGGACUCUGGACCUAAAAGAAAGUUUUCGUCGGAGAAAAAUAAAGGCUAUUACGAGCUAAACGAUAAAGAACCCAUCUUCACGGCUCGCUACCUUGGAGUGACAAACGUGGACGCGUCGUUCCAGCCAGAAAGAGCACACGAAAUCAGCGCGAGAUGUGUCGACAAACUUCACAAAAAUUUACAAGACAGCGGCAAAAAGAGGAAAGUUUCACUUCUCAUAUCCACGAACGUCUCCCGUGGGCUUACUCUUACAGAGAAAGGAAGCGAUAAAGAGGCCUACUACGCGCUGUACGACAUCGCCUUUUGUUCGACAGACGUGCGCGACGAAUCGAUAUUUUCCUUCAUUGCUGACUGCGGUGGAGAGCUACAAUGCCAUGUCUUUGCUUUCAAGAACGAGGAGUCGGCUAAAGCGGUGUGCAUGGCCCUAUCAAAUGCGUUUAGCACGGCCCAUGGCGAGUGGAUGAGAAAACAAAAGCGAGAGAAAGCCAGGAAAAUAAGCCGUCAGGAAAUAACUGUGUCUCCAAUAUACGCAUGA